ACCGUACGUGUUGCGUCUUGAUGCUCGUUAGGCUGUUUUUGGCAAAAGUUCAUUUCGAUCGUCGAACGUAUUUGCACGAGCAUAUGCAACGUAUAUACGUGAUUGUGCAGUAUCCUUGACACUUUGACAUGACUUUAUUAUGUGUCCGCGCGUUCGAAAACAUCAUUAUCGUAAAGUGAACUGUGUCGCGCGCAUCGUGCCAUUUGUUUCGUGUAAAAUCGAAUCGCGUUAUUCGAUGUAUCGAUAGACGGUGCUGUUCGGAACUCAUCGAAAUUGACGCGUAAUCGUACGAGCUCGCGUGUGCAUUGGCCGAACUGACAUCGUUGGAAACGCUGCAGAAACUGUGGCUUCUAUCUUCGGAAUGCAUAGUCGACGUGUAUUUUCUCCGUUCUAAGAGACAUUUGGGACAGUGUGUCAAGGCCAGAGAUUCCUCGAAGUAACAUUGUGCCUUGAGUCUCGCUUUAUCACGUUCCACGCGAUGUAACGGAACGCCGGAACGGGGAGGAGGAUCGGUGUAUGCAUCUGAAACGCGUUUGGAUCUUAUUGAUGGUAAACUGCUCGGCUCGUCGAUCGAUGCCCCCUCGCGAUCCGCGUGUGUCUUCGUGCACGGAUUUCCUGCUGUGUCGGGAUCUAGAACACGGUGUCAAGGUCAGGGGAAUUCGACCAACAAUUCGCGUGCAUGUCGGACGUCCGUAAGCAGAAACCGUGAGACGGCCGUUCCGGUACGUGACGUCUCGACACACGAAGAUCAGUGUUUUACGGAAUUGUCAAGCGCGGGAGCGUGUUAAAUCAAGCGGGAAAGGACGUUUCUGCGACCGUUACGUCGCGGUAGCUAGUGUGCGUUCGAGGCAAAGGAAUGUGAUUCUCGCGUGACCUAUCGUGCGUCUUCGAAGGACAGCGUGUUUCUGCAGUUUUUUUCCGUCGAUGCAAACUCUGACGUCUCAUCGUGAUCGCGCAGCUUCUAUAUACACGCCCGCACACGAAACGGGAGACUGACGUAAAAAUUUGGCGGGACAAGGAACGAAUUAUAGACUCGGCGGAAAGAAGGCGUCGCUGUCGACGAAACAUUCUCUCUCUCUUUCUCUCUCGUUUUCGUCUCUCUGUAUCGGUCUGUCUCUCCAUCGUCUCCGGGCUUCGAUCUUACCGAAUGUUUGCUCGCUGUUCGACUGAGAUAGAGAGGUUUUUAUCUAUACGCCAAGAAACAAGCGCGGAGCGAUCGUGCGAGCAAGAUUAACCGGCGACCUGGCUAAUUUUAAUUCGCGCAACAAACAAGCCGCGAAGCUCUCUCGCGAUAACGUCGAAACGCCACGGUCGCAACGUCGAACGUCGCUGUUCGCGUGUUCUCCGUUCUCCAAUAUGGCGAACGACGCCGAAGACGAGCCUAGUGUUCCGAACGUUUCUUCUUCGUCCUGAAUAACGCGUUCGUUCAAAGUGUCAACGUAUCGCAAUUAACAAGUGUACCGACAACCUCGUGUACCGAGUAGGUGAUUUAUCGAGUGACAAAUCGGGCAGUGCGAAAUUUUUUCAAGACAAUUCUCCAGUUAAUUUGAACGAUCGAUAUUUGCGUUCAUUAUGACGAGCAGCGAUGAUUUAUCGAAUUCGUGUACCCGCUGCGACUGUGCAAGGAAAUUCAGACGUUCGUGCAGUUACUCGAACCGGUUUGUACACCGUUGAGACGAAUCACUGAGAAGAUCGAUAGAUACGCGAAUCAUUGGAAAAGUAGGAACAAUGUGGAGGGAACAGGAACAGGUAUACCUGCAACCUCAGCAUUCGCAAACGCUUCAUCCGGGGAUCAUCGGCACGGCCGAGAGAGCACAUCACCAUCAUCACCAUCGAUCCACCACCAUGGAUUUGCCGGUUCCAAGCAAUCCAAGAGCGUCACGGAACAUGGCAGAGAAACAACGCCGCGACAAUCUCAACACGAAUAUCUCGGCAAUGGCGGCACUUGUACCUACUGUCGCGAAAAGUCAGAGGAAGAUGGACAAAAUAUCCGUCUUGAGGUUGACUGCUGCCUUCCUCAGAACGCAAUACACGCUGGGACAUGGCACUGUUGGCUUUCUUCCCCGAGAGCUCAGCGAUCUGGACUUGGAACAAUACAUCGUCGACAACUUGAUCGAAAGCGGGGGCUUCUUUAUCGUGGUCACGACCACCGGGAAAAUAGUUUACGUCAGCCGGCAAGUUCAGGAGCAUCUUGGCCAUACCGAGACGGACCUGCUGGGCCAUUCCCUCUACACCUUCGUCCACCCCAAGGAUCACGAGGAGCUGACGAAGAACCUGACGCCGGACGAGAUGCAAGGGAUGGUGACCUCGUCCACGCCGCAGAUCACCGACGGGACGAACGACAACUCCAAUUCGUCAGAGGACUCCACGUCCACGAACAACGAGAGGAGAUCGUUCAAGGAACAGAGGCGGAGCUUCGAGCUCAGGAUGCUACAUCGUACCGCGUCCAAGCGCGAGCACACGCAGUACGAAUGGUUCGAGAUCUCCGGGAUGCUGAGACUAGCUGACGCGUGCAAAAAUUCCGAAUCGAACGGCAACAGAACGAGACAUCGAGACGUCAGUUCAACUAGCAAUGAUAUCGUUUUCGUGGGCGUCGCACGCUUGCUGAUGAGGCGGCCCAUCACCAAGAUAUCAAUCAUAGAUGCAAAUAAGGACGAGUAUAUCACUCGACAUUUGGUAGAUGGCAGGAUAAUUUACUGCGAUCAUAGGGUGUCAGUGGUGGCUGGUUACUUAUCAGAGGAAGUCUCGGGUAUGAGCGCCUUCGGUUUCAUGCACAGAGACGAUCGUAUCUGGGCAAUGGUUGCGCUACGUCAAAUGUACGACCGCGCGGAGACUUGUGGAUCAUCCUGUUACAGACUCACUUCAAAAACAGGAGAAUCUAUUUACUUACGCACUCAUGGAUAUUUAGAGGUCGAUAAAGAUACGCAAAUUGCAGUAUCCCUUGUGUGCAUAAAUACAUUAGUGUCGGAGGAGGAAGGAAUCAAACUGAUGAAGCAAAUGAAGAAGAGAUUUUCAGCUACAAUCUCUGAGACUAUGAGAGCGAUGAUACAGAAUGGAGACGAUACGUCACUCGACUUGGGCUCGGAUUCGCAACAAUCAAAUUCGAAGAGUAGUAUGGAGGAUCCCUCGCAGCUGGAAGAUGCCAUUACUAUCCUAGUUAGCGACCUAUCGUCACCUAUCUCGGAAGAUCGUCUUUCUGCGUCGCCAGUACCAAAUGAACAAUAUGCGAAAGCUGCUAUGAUAUCGCAACAUUUACCUCCGGCUGUCGCUCAAGCUCGAAAACUGGGAAUUGAGAAAAUUGACCAUUAUCUAAUGGUACAGGGCAAAGGAAAUCGAAAUCAAAAACAAGAAUCGAAGACAAACAAUAAUGACUCUGAUAGGCAAGAAAGCUCGAGGUCAUCUGGAAAAACGAUAACGUUACACGAAGUAUCGAAACAGACGCCCAAUCUACGCGAUAGUGCACAAGAUCAUCAGAAUUCACCGCAAAUUACCAAUAUGAUCACUACGAACGAGUCGACUGUUGAAUCAUGCAUAAAUACUCAACGAGAUACAGGAACGUCUCAUCUUGAGAUUUCUCAAAACGUUGAUAUUUUGAAUCCUGCUGUUGUAGUCAAGGAACCUGUUACGACUGUUUCAAGUUCGCAUGCAUUAUGCGAAAAUAAUCCAUGUAACAUCAAAGUGGAACCUAUCGUGGAUAUUUAUACCCAUCAACAAGAGCCUGUGAUGGAAUACCUUGAAAAUAACAUGGUUGAUAAUAAUAUUACUCCUAACACGAAAACCCAUAAGCACUCGUUGAAAAGGAUAUACAGUCACGAAGAUCUUAAGGCAAGUUGCAAUAGAAAAAGGCACAGUAAUGUUUCUUAUGCUUCAUCGGAUACGAACGAUGAACAGCAAAACGUUUCGUACGUCGAUUGCAAGCUUUUUGUUGGCGAGGAAUUUUCCGAACUUCCGACAGACUUCAAUCAGUACAACAUCAAUAUGAAUCCUCAGUCAUUAAAGGUUGCGGAAUCGCCGAAUUCAAGUUUAAACGAAGCCAUUGCUGAUUAUCAACAGGUGGAUUCUAGUGCGAUACCUCCAAAUCCGGAUGACGAUCAAUUUAUCGACCUUCAUGAUUUAAGGGACGAACCUCUGCUGAGUCCAGGCCUGGACGCAAAUCCAGAUAUUAUAAUGAAAAUAUUUGAUGACCUAAGGCAUGUACCGAUUUUUGAAAAUACCUUCGAUGAAACGACAGUACAACAACUAGCAAACAAUAAUGCAAUCAAUAACGAAAUAAGAAGGAAGCAUCUUCAACUUAUGAAUAGUAUGGCAUUACAAGAAUCACAGCUCAAUGUUUUAGCACGAGACCUGAAAAAUCCAGCUUUGCAAGCAAAAAGAGGAAGUUUAACACCACUACAGGCAGAACAUAAUAUGCAGAAACAAAUGCUUGAAACACUACAACAAGAUCACAUGCAAAUAAACAUAAAACAUAAUAUUGGUGUAUAAAAAUUUCCAAAAAUAGGUGAAAUACAAAGAUGUGCAUGUCAUUCCACACGUUAAAUAUUCCAGUGAAGUUUAUUCCUACACCAAUAAUACUGCGAUAAAGUGGAAGAACGUGUAACAACAACCUACAAGAAUAUAUCAAGAUCGACCCGUAUUACUCUACGAUUCAACACAAAAAAGAUAAUAAUACUUACUAUCAAAGACAUCUAGUGAAAAUAUAGUGAUGGCUAAAAGAACUUCACUGUUCUGUUUUCAAACUGAUAAAAGAAGAAACAUCGUAAGUAGAAAACGUACAAAAUAAGUAAGAUGUAUAGUUUACAUCGUCUACAUGCAGACUUUUUUAAAAGCGUACUAUGAACAUUUCACAUCGCCUGAUGUUUGGCGCAAAUAUAAAUGAACAUAUAUUUCGGUAACUGCUUACACAAAGCACAUACGUAAAUUGUAUUGUAAAUGGUGGGCACGUUUUACAUUUUUGAAGGUCCAAUGUUGCGCAGUUUUCAAAUUUUAUCAUAGCUAACUUGUAUAUAGCGUGGAUUCAAUUUUAAAUGACCACGCUAUUUAUUUAGCCUUCAGGACCGUUUGUGCUCGGCUAUUGUUGUCGGUCAAGAGUGAAAACUACUUCCAUGUCGAAUAGGCCAUGAUAUGUAUAUAUACAUAUAUAUCGGAUGGAUACAGCACCAGUUCUGUUUAAAUCCUACUUGUAGAAUGCCAAUGAUGACAAAAGAAAAGCAUAACUAUCGGAAUUCGAAUGAACUCGUACUAAAAGUAAGUUGGUAGUACAAAAUUUCUGUUUUGAACAAAAGAAACGUACUCCUAAAAA